GCUGUUGCAGCAGUGUUGUAGCAGGAUCGUGCGCGUGCGAUUUAUAUUUGAUUUAAAAUUCUUAACUAUAAGCUGCUGUCAUUUAUUUGGAUAAAAUGGCCAUUCAACAUCGAUUUUUAUUACUAAUUUAUACUUUAUGCUAUGUUGCAAUAAUUCAUGGCUAUUUAUUGGACAUAAAUGAUGCUGAAACGUGCAAUUUGCUAUGUGGACAAUGUAAUGCUUCCGGCGUAUUUGCGAACGGUCUCUGUGAAUGCAGUUUCACUGACAAUAAUAAUGAAGGUGCAGAAUGCAUACAGCGGAUACAGAAAGAAAUUCAGGAUAUCGAUCUGAACAUACUUUCCGAUGACGAUGAUUCCACAGAUGAAGAACGAAACGUGCGUUCUAUUUUAAGAAGACGUCGCCUAAGAUUUGGAAACGCAGACGGAAAUCAAAACGACGGAGAAAACGCUUAUACAAGAUACGCUUCGAACGUAGAAAGGGCGAACCCAACCGUUUAUCCUUCAAGUGGAUUGUACGAUCUAACGAAUGCGUUGGUGGGUGCGAUCACUCAUCCACAUAGGACACAGGGACACGGACUCCACCAUGUUAUACUGAAAACGGCUACUCUCCCGGCACAUGCUUUGCACAAUUUACUUGUGAAUUAUCAUCAUCGUCAUCCCGUUUAUCAUCAUGGCAUCGUCAGAAGCGCUUAUCCACAGACUGUAUCCUAUGUUGGUCAAUAUGGUCGGUGUGGCGGUUCCGUUGAUCCUACUGUCUCUUCUAUCGCCAUAAAUAAUGCGAAUAAACCAAUUGAACGGAAUUUUAUUACACCUGUUCCCAUGCCAGUUGAUCAAGUGCAGUAUUCUCCACAUAUACCGUAUAAUUACGGCAUAAACAUACAACCAGCACAACAAUAUCGAUCUUUUGGUUAUCCAUAUAGAUACAUGUAUCAAAAUCCUGUGUAUAAGGUAUUUUAUCCUAUAACUGAUAAUUAUUAUGCUCGACCUGAUACCUAUACUCAAGGUACACAAGGUACACAAGGUACACAAGGUACACAAGGUACACAAGGUCCGAUGAUUUCUGCGCCUAUUCCAUAUCAUUACUGUAUAAAUAAGGCAAAUACUGAACAGCCAAGUACAGUUCCAGCUGUUACUAGUAACCCUUUAUUUUCCAACAAUCAAGCAGAGAAGUCUAAUGAUGCAAUUAAAGAUAACAUUUCUAAAAAAGAAAAGAAAACUGAGAAAGAUGGAAACAAUAAACUAUAAUAAAGAAAUAUAAAUUAAA